AUGUAUGUGUAUGCUGCACAGAUAGUUUUUGUUAGUGCAAUAUUCAUCGGUUACCAAGGGCUGAACUUCGAAAAUGCGCAUAAAUGGGUUUCGGUGGUUGUCCGUGACGUUGUCUACAUGUUAAUAAUAAAAGGGUCCACUGAAGCCUGUGCAGUAGGCUUCAACGCGUUACAUUCUAAGCACUCGACGGACAUUGCCCAAAUUAUAAAUGACACCAAAAAAUUUCUGUUCAUUACGGUGUUAUCUAUUGGUUUUUUAAUUUAUAAUAAACAGAAAGUUCUCGGAGAGGAUUUCCUAUUCUGGUAUAUUGCGCACCUAAUAACGAAGUAUCCAGAAAUGGAACAAGCAGCGUCAACUAUCAAUUAUGGUGUCGGUAUGGCGUGCAGUUUCUUCGAAGGCUAUUUAGUUCAUGUGAUUCCGAGCGAUGGAGCCAAAUUCGUGGGCUUCGAAGAGAAUAUGAACAUUUACGAGGCAAGCCAGGGGAUAGUGUUCCCUGUCAAGAGGUUGUUCUUAGUGAUAACGAAAUCCCUAUACUGUCCGCCCGAUCUGAAGCAUUUUAACAAGAACAACAGGAAGGAUCUGCCGUAUUUAGAGGCCUGUCAGUCAUUAGAGGAAGUGGUGAAAGACGUGGCUGGCGUGAAGAAUCGGACGUACCGCAACACGGCAUACAAAAUAUACCGACCGGGGAAGUCGCCAGUGUAUUUAGCGGCAGAGUGUCCGACGCCGCUGCACACCUUGCAUCGCGUUUUGGAGAAGACUUCUCUUUAUGAAGAAUUAGCCAAGGCGAAUAUUCAAGAGAUCGUGAACGACUUCUGCAGAAUGUUGCGCUCUAUAAUCGCCAAGAGUCCAGAGUACAGAAAUAAGUGCGAGCUCGUUUAUUAUGACGAUACUGACCCCACACAAAAUCUGGCGGACGUAUUGCUGGACCGGUUGCGCUUAUUGGCACCACAUUUUGAGUUUGAAAAAUAA